AUUCGACGGUUCACGAGCGAAGGUGAUUUCAACGAAUCCUUCUAGAACCGGGUCGUUCAUUCCCCUGCUUCCUUUCAACGCCGCGAUCCCAAAGCCUCCCCCUGCUCUGAUCUGCCUCGCUUGCUCUCUAGCUUCGCCUUCGCCAUUUCAUCCCCUUCAUCCAUCGGAUCUCGAAGAAACUUAUGGCGCAAGAGAUUAUCAAUGAUGAAAUCAUAGAUAUUGGUGCCCUUUGACGAGCUCCGCAGUUGAUCGGUACUCGUAUGGUCGCUUCUGGUUCAAGAACUGGAUUUGAAGCAUAGCGGCCAAAUCGCAAGCCUUGGAGCAAGGUAGAUAGAAGAUUGGGAGGAGUUGCGCCAGUGGAACUGCUGCAAUCUGCAGACGAAGAGUUUUGAGGACGAUAUGGAGCCGGCGAAGGCGGCUCCGCUGCCUAAUUUUGGUUCAGUUGCUCGGACCGUCACCAAGAUCCUCCGCCUGCGCCGCUCUGCCGCCAGCUCUGCUGAAGGUGCCACCGUUGCUGUCGCCGGCAGUUUAGACGCAAUUGGCAAACUCAAGCUCUGUAGAGACUUCGGUGAUUACUCUGGCAUCCUCUUUGAAUCAUCCGGCGACGACGUCCUGAAACCUGAAAACGAGAAGAAGCAACAGAAGAAGGAUUCUUCGAGAGACCAGGAGGCCUUGGAGUCGUUCGUUGCCAACCUCUUCGCGAGCAUCUCCGCCUUCAAGGCCGCCUACGCCCAGCUGCAAGUGGCGCAGUCUUCGUAUGACCUGGACUUAAUACAGUCGACGGACGCCACCAUCGUCGCUGAACUCCGGCGGAUGUCUGAGCUCAAGCGGUCCUACUUCAGGAAUCAAUCCGACGGCAUCACGAAUUCAGUCCUGCAACCAGCUCUCGCCGCACAGCUCCAGGAGUUUCGCAACCUCACCAAGACCUACAAAGUCACCACGCGGAAGCUGGAGGACGAAAUCGAGCUCAAAGAAUCCGAGAUCGACGCUCUCCGAGCCGAACUUCUCGAAUCCGAAAGAAAGGGGCGUGUUUUUGAGGCCAAGCUCCACCCCAAUCGCUCCCUCGCUGCUCUCGACGCCCUCCACCUCUCCGGCGUCAAUCCCACUCACUUCCUCACCGUUCUGCGCUACACCUUCAAAGCGAUUCGAUCCUUCGUCCAGUUGAUGGAAAAGGAAAUGGAGUCUGCCGGCUGGAAUCUCGAUGCCGCCGCAGGCUCGAUCCAAGCGGAUGUCCUUAACCGGGGAAAGCCCGGUCACAGGACCUUCGCUUUCGAGUCCUACGUCUGCCGGAGGAUGUUCUCCGAUUUCUCCCAACAAAAUUUUGGCCUUUCGGUUUUGGGGGAAUGCUCGACGUGGGAUCGAAGGAAGUUCUUCAACGAAUUCACCCAGGUAAAGUCUCUCUCAAUGAACCAUAUCCUCGACGGCCCGCGGCCAUCGCAGCUGGCGCAGUUCUGCAGGGCGAAGUAUUUGUCACUUGUGCGGCCGAAAAUGGAAUCGGCCUUCUUCGGCGACCAGAAAAAGAGAGCGGCGGUGAGCUCCGGCAAGGACUCACCGGACUCGGAGUUCAUCGCUGGGUUCGCCGAGAUGGCGCGGCGAAUGUGGCUCCUACACUGCCUCUUCUUCUCGUUCGAGGCCGAGAUCGAGCGGUCGAUCUUCCAAAUCAGGAGAGGCAGCCGAUUCUCGGAGGUGUACAUGGAGAGCGUGACAGCGGCGGAGGACAAGGAUUGUGCCGGCGAGGCCGCGACGGUCGGGUUCACUGUGGUUCCCGGUUUCAGGGUAGACCGAACGCUGAUCCAGUGCAAGGUCUACUUGAUCUCAGAGCCGCAUCGACGGUCAUAAUCAGGUAAUCGGACGGAUGCGUAAGCGGUACGUUGGUAUUGUAAUUAAUGUUUUUGGUAGACCAUCCCCAGAUGGGUAAAUGGUGAGAUUUGCCUCGAUGACCGUAUACAAAGUGCCAUGGCAAUGUUUUAGUUUUUCUUGUACCAUGGAGUAAUCAUUAAGCAUGCGCACACGAUUGUUAAUGA